GUUGAAGCCAAGGAAGGGCAGCAUUGGACUGACAGUACUAACGCCCACUAACUCGAAACCUCCGCAACAGCCUGAAGACGGUUUCUCUCUCAAGCCUCUUUUGGAUGCCCUCGUGAGAGAACCUCUCGACGCGCGCGAUGAAGACGAGGAUUAAGAAGUCGGUCUCAGCUUGGAAGGAAAGAUCGAGGCGCUGUUGCCUGACUAUGUGAGCGCAAGGACGACGAUAUUGCAGAGGUCCGCUGAGUAAGACGUCGCGGUGUGCACCAAUACCGUGCAACCUCCUCUAUCCUGUCAAUCGCAUGUACAGGGACGCUUGCUGAGACCGAUGACGCGCUCCGAAGUGCAUGAAUUCGUAAGUGAGUCAGGGUCCGGGCGCGAUGGAGAGGGAGAGUCGUUUUGGCCGCUGCCGUCCGUAGGCGCAAGGUAGGAUGGGAGCGGCGGAGAGCAGAACUACAUCGAAUGCGCGAUUUCAAUAUCCGCACUCAACACGAUGCCACUCUCUCCACCUACUGCGCUAUCGGCGACACAAGAGGCAACUGCGAAGGCAGCUAUUGAUGCGCUUGAGGCAAUACGAGUAAGGCCGUUCGACAACUCGUCCCUGUCGCCACUUGUACAGCACGAGACGAGGUCUGGACGUGCCUGGUCUUGUUUCGGUUGGCUGGGAAACAAGAGCCACAUGGAUGUAACGUCUUCAAGCACCAGACCUUGUUGCAGUGGGUCAUCUUUCUCUGUCAUUGGAUCCUGAAUGCUGUGGCUGUAGCUUGGAUCGCGAUCACCUGAUCAAGAUAGCACUUGUGUACUCAGGCUACUCCUGCGCUCAGCGCUCAUGCUUGGCAGAUUGACUAAAUUAAC